CUGGGAGAAUAAGAGGCUUUUAUACAGAGAGGAGUGGAGCGGGGUCCUGUUUGAGGUACUAUUACAAAAAAAGAUAGAUCAUUCACAAGACAUUUGAUUAAGACAACAAAUACAGCAAUAUCCUAAAAGGAUGUGCAGAGGAACUAAACUGCACACAUAUCGGGAAAAUAACGUGUAGUUCACAUUCAAUAAAAAAGAAAACUGGGACUGAAGUUGUGACAAGUUGAGAGAGAGAAAAAAAAAGACGACAACAAAACAUCGGUGGUCGUAUUCCAGCAAGACAAGGAGGGGUCUUUUAAAGGACUAUUAUUUAUUUUUUUAAACAAACUAAUUACUGAAAGCCCGAGAGAUGACAGAGACCGCCGCCGCCGCUCCAGCCCCAAAGGCGAAGAAGGCGAGUAAAGUCCCGAAAAAGGCUGCCUCGCACCCGAAGUACUCGGAGAUGAUCGAAGCUGCCAUCCAAGCCGAAAAGAGCCGCUUGGGCUCGUCCAGGCAGGGCAUCCAAAAGUACAUCAAAGGCCACUACAAGGUGGGAGAAAACGCGGACUCCCAGAUCAAGCUUGCCCUGAAGAGGCUGGUGGUCAGCGGGACUCUGCGCAAAACCAAGGGCAUCGGGGCUUCGGGCUCCUUCAAGAUAGCCAAGGCGGAGGACUCGAAGAAACCGGCCAAGCCCAAAGCAGCCGAGAAAGCCAAGAAGAAGCCAGCCAAAGCGGCCAAACCCAAAGCGGCGGUGAAACCCAAGAAAGCCAAGUCGCCGGUCAAAGCCAAGAAGCCCAAAGCGGCAGAGAAGAAGGCGAAGAAGACGCCCGAGAAAAAGAAGCCAGCGGCCAAGCCGAAGAAGCAGGAGAAGGCAAAGAAGCCGAAAGCCAAGGCGGUGAAGCCCAAAGCCAAGAAAGCAAAAGCGGCUAAGCCCAAAGCCAAGCCGGCCCCCAAGAAAACCGGGAAAAAGAAGUAACGCGAAGAAAAAGCAGCUUUUCCAUUUUAAACAAAAAGAAAGAAAGAAAACACCUUUUGUAAAUAGACUUUUACAGUUUUUUGUUUUUUUUUAAACAAACACAUUGUUGGCUCCUUUAGUUUUUGAAUGGUUUUAUGAGGACUUUACCUGGCUUUCCCCCCCUCCAAUCUCACACUGAAUACACAUGUUGUUGCUCUAGCGGCAGUAGUGUUGGUUACACUCCUGGAAAGCGGAGACUCGCAGUUUUGCAGUGGCUCCUCAUUUAGGGAGGGGUGUGCAGUGCCUGCUCCAGUCCUUAAAGAAUUACCCCGUGAAAACUCGGUCUGUGAUACCGUAAAAAUGUUGGACUCUUAAUUAAUUUGUGUAUGUAAUAAGCGAGGCUGUGCCGUUUAUGAGGCACCGCGCUUAUAAGAUAUUGAAAUACAGCAGUUCGAGCUUUGUUUUGCUAUACAAUGUGUGUGUGUGUGUUUUUAAAUACAUGAACUGCUAGCGUCAGCUAGGUUUUGCAGAGGUAAUGAAUGCUUAAUAUUAUAUUUCAACAAGGCUGGUAUUGGGUUUCAAAUCGCGACCCAGGUAAAUAAUAUUGUUGUAUUUUUUUUUAAAACAUAACUCCAAUUUGUAAACCACACUGUAAGCAUACAUGCCGUUUACUGUAAAACAAAAAAGAAUAUUAAUAAUAAAAGUUCUUUAUACUGUAAUUUAAACAGAAUAAAAUGUGUGUUAUUUGAAUUUUCAA